GAUUUAAUAUUGAUUUCCUCUAUGCAGGAAAGUAAGUGGACAUCUAGAAUACAAGCCCUUCAUCAUGACCAUGAGACAGAAAAGUCCCUGCUGCUGUCACAGAUUGAGAAGCUUAAAUCAUCAGUGAGAGAAGACUUGAAUAAAAAUAACACCUUUUACAAGAGGAGGAUAGAAGAAUUGGGGCAGAGGCUUCAGGAGCAGAAUGAUCUGAUUAUUACUCAGAAGAAGCAGAUAAAAGAAUUGUCCACAAGAUCAGUUGCAAGCAUUAAACCAUAUGAUGUGAACACUACUGUAGAGCAUCUUGAAGAAUCUAAACCAAGUCUACCACUGAUGCAUGAAAUUGAGAAAGGUGAUCAUAAAGCAGGUAGAAGUAACCACUAUUUAAUAAAUGCUUUGAAGACUGAUCCUUCUUUAACUAAAGAAUUACGAGUUGUUUUGGAGCAAGCCCUGGAGGAGAAGCUGGAAUCCUUGGGAAUUAAAGCAGGUGUUCGCGGUAUCCCAAAUGAGCGCUUAAAUAAAAUUUUGCGUGCUAUUCAAUCUGCUAGAGAAUGCAAACAGAAGCAAGAGCCUGACAUUCAGCGAAUUCGAGAGCAUCUUGAACGCCAAGUUAGCUUUAGGGUUGAAGAGAAAUCAUCAUCUUGUAAUAGACCUGUUUCCUGCCCUCAGCUUCCUUCAGAAGGUAAACAGAAGUUCCAUCAAUUGGGAAUUUCCUCAUCUUCCACACCACGAAAACCAGUAAAACGGUCUUCAACAGCUGUCCGCCCAGCUGAACAAAGAACGGCCAUCGCUGAGAAUACAUCUACACCAAAGAAGCUUUUUGGAAGUGGAGUUUCCAGAAAGACACCUAGUAUCACAACUCCACCAUUCAGUUCAGAGGAAGAAGGAGAUGAAGACGAUAUUAAGCAGUCUUACAUAUCACCAGAAUUAUUGCAAAAGCAGUCAAAAACAUCAAGCAGCAAAGUCAGUGCUUUUCAGAAGGCUUCUGGCAAAAGCGAUAUGGAUGCGACAGAGGAGAGUGAAAUUGAAGAAACUGGAACACCUGCGAAAACUCCAAAAGGAGCAGUUAUUCAGAAACUGACCGAACAAGUUGGAAAGAGUCUUUCUAACCGUGGAAAUAAGAACAAACCAGCUGGAGGGAUUAAUGUUGCGCAGGCAUUUAUUAAGAAAGAAGAGGUGCAAGAACUGAAGUUCACAGAAGUUGAAGAUGAUGAUUGGGAUAUAUCAUCAGUAGAAGAAGACUUACUAUUAAUGAAAGAUGAUAGAGGCCAGAAGGCAUUGACAGUUCAGAAAAAUGAGUCAAACGCUGCAUCUGUGGUACAUGCAUGGGGUCUUCCAAAGACAAGUGUACCAAAGGAGGAAGGCCUUCAUGAAGCUGAUAAUACAAGCACGUUAAAAAGCAGCUUAGUCACUGUAACAGAUUGGAGCGAUUCUUCAGAUAUAUAAUUGUUGCAUUCCUGAUGGGAGGCACUGCUUUCGGGUUCUGUUGGGGUUGAAAAUGUAGUUGAAAACAUCGUGUUUCCUAUUCAU